CAUCCAUACUUCCAGCUAGGUUAAUCUCGACAGUCACAUACGAGUAAAAGGAAGAGAUCGAACAUUGCCAGAAAGAUAUCGUGCGACUAGCAAAAGCGGGGUAAGAACCUAUCAACCCCACCAACAACACCUUAAACCAAAUCAUCAACAACAACCCUCGACCUAAACACCCGAAAAGCAAAGUAGAGAUGCCACCCACCAAAACAAUCUGCAUCAUCGGCAUAACCGGCAACCAGGGCGCCUCCGUCGCCCGCCGCUUCCUAAAGGACCCAGCCUUCCACGUCCGGGGCCUCACCCGCGACCCGCAAAGCCCGACCGCGCAGACCCUCACCCAGCAAGGCGUGGAGCUCAUCCCCGCCGACCUCAACGACCCCGCCAGUUUACUCCCGGCCUUCCAAGGCGCAAACAUCAUCUUCAGCGUCACCAACUACUGGGAACCCUUCUCCAGCCCGGCCGGCCGCCAGCAGGCCGCCGCCGCCGGCAUCUCGCCCCGCGAGCACGCCUACCGGGUGGAGCGGCAGCAGGGGCAGAGCAUCGCCGAUGCGGCGGCGCAGACAGUGGACUCGCUCUCUGCGAACGGGUUCAUUGUCUCGACGCUGAGCCACGCGACGCGAUGCAGCCGGGGCCAGUUUCGCGAACUGUACCAUUUCGAUGCCAAGGCGGAGGUGUUCCCUGAUUAUGUACGCGAGAGGUAUCCGGCGCUGGCGGCGAAGAUGUCGUGCGUGCAGACGGGGUACUUUACCUCGAGUUAUAAGCUGGUUCCCGGGGCGUAUUUUGAGAAGGGCAAGACGGAGGACGGGGAGGAUGUGUUUGAGAUGACCUUCACCACCGCCCCGGAUGCGGUGGUGCCCCAUCUCGAUGUGCAAACUGAUCUAGGUGGGUUUGUGUAUGCGGUUGCCCGGAUGCCGCCCGGGAGGAGUUAUAUGGCCUGUGGGACGAGGUGCAGUUGGGCGAAGUAUAUGAGGAUUUGGGGCGAGGUGAACGCGGUGGCGGCGCGGUAUCGGCAGAUCACGCUUGAGGAGCUCAUUGCAAAAGCGCCCGAGCUGGAGUUUGGCCGCGAGGUGGGGGAUAUGUUCUCCUAUUCGACGGAUCCGGGGUAUGAUGGGGGUGAUGGGAGCUUGUUGACGGCGGAGGAUAUACGAAGGGCAGGAAUUGAUUGUCUCAUGACUAGUUUGGAGGAAUGGAUCAGGAGGGAAGAUUGGUCGACUGUUCUGGGUUGAGCAUGUCAGAUUUCCUUCAUUAUGCGAUAGAUUUAACAAGCAUCUGAGUUAUACACAGGAAGACUUCUUUUGUUACGUAAAACAAAAGAAAAACUUUUUUGUU